AUGGGCUCCCUCCUCCUGUUCGUCGCUAUCUGCCUCCUCUCCGGCGCCAUCGCCGCCGCCUCGCCGCCACAGACGCGCACGCACGUCGACAGCCUGCCGGGGCUCAGCGGCGCCCUCCCUUCCCGCCUCGAGACCGGGUACGUGACCGUCGACGAGGAGAGCGGCGCAGAGCUCUUCUACUACUUCGUCGAGUCGGAGGGCGACCCCGGCGCCGACCCGCUCCUCUUCUGGAUCCCCGGCGGCGACCGCUGCUCCGUGCUCAGCGGCUUCUUCUUCGAGAUCGGCCCAGUGAAGCUGGUCAUCGAGCCCUACAACGGCAGCCUGCCACGGCUCCGGUACCACCCCUACUCGUGGACCAAGGUCGCCAGCAUCCUCUUCGUCGACUCGCCGGUGGGCGCCGGCUUCUCCUUCUCCCGGGACCCCGGCGGCUACGACGUCGGCGACGUGUCCUCGUCGCUCCAGCUCGUGAAGUUUCUCUCCAAGUGGUUCGGCGAUCAUCCAGAGUACCUCGCGAAUCCGUUCUACGUCGGUGGAUGUUCCAGCGCCGGAAAGAUCGUCCCGUUUGUCGCGCAGAAGAUCUCGGAAGAUAUUGAAGCUGCCGUUAGACCAUCCCUUAAUCUGAAGGGCUGUCUAGUAGGUAAUCCAGUUACAGGCGAAAGGAUUGACUACGAAUCAGGGGUGCCAUAUUGUCAUGGAGUUGGGAUAAUUUCGGAUCAAUUAUACGAGACCAUAAUGGAGCACUGCAAAGGGGAGGACUACGAGAACCCGAAGAAUCUGAUUUGCAAACAAGCAUUGGCUAGGUUUGAGGAGCUAAAGGAUGAAGUUUCAGCUCCCCACAUUUUGUACAGGAGGUGCAAUUAUCUGUCUCCCAAUCCAAACAUUCACACCAUUGACAGAAAGAUACUGACAGAGGAGUUUGCAGUACUAAAUCAUCCACCAGCGCGCCCUUCAAUACAUUGCCGUAACUAUGCCAGCUACUUAUUGUAUUUUUGGGCCAACAAUAACACCACCCGAGAAUCUCUUGGAAUUAAGAAGGGAAGCGUGAAUGAAUGGGUUAGGUGCCAUGACAAUGAUCUACCAUACACCAGAGACGUCAAGAGCGCCAUGAAGUAUCAUCGCAAUGUUACAUCAAAAGGUUAUCGCGCUUUAGUGUAUAGCGGUGACCACGAUUCUGUGAUCCCAUUUCUUGGCACACAAGCCUGGGUGAGAUCAUUAAACUAUCCAAUUUUGGAUGACUGGAGAGCUUGGCAUGUGGAUGGCCAGUCUGCAGGAUUCACCAUAGCGUAUGGAAACAAUUUGACAUUCGCUACUGUUAAGGGAGGUGGACAUACUGCACCAGAGUACCAGCCCGAGCGAUGCUUCGCCAUGUUUAGGCGUUGGAUUUCCGGCAACCCCCUUUGA